CUGCCGGUGCAGUGCACAUUUGCUCAAGAUGCACCAGUGCAAGCGAUCGCUUGCGCUCACGCUGACGCGGUAGCGGGUAGAGGCAGUGCCGCGGGGCGAUUGAAGCCGCCUCCAGUUCGCCAGCCCGCCACCACGGCACGCCACGCUAGUAUGCCGCGCGUCGCCACGCCGAGCGCUCAGACGCUAAAUCGACUUCUAAUAAAACAAACAGACCUAUUAUCUCGCCGCGAUAACGACACUAUAUCAGUUCUGAUAAUUUACCAGAGUGAUAACAGAUAAAAAACGAAGUGGACGACGCCUGUUUCGCUGUGCCCCUGUUAUGUAAAAUUUUUACAAUCGGAAAAUCUUCGGAGUCGCAGCUAUGACGACGAUGGCGGGACCUCGGAAGACAGUCUCAAUUUAUGACUAUCCUGAGCACCUGAACCCCUUUCGGGAGGAGGAUAACCAUAACAAGAUACGUUUCUGGACGAUUGGACGUAAACUCAGUCGAUCGAACAGCAUCACAUUUAAGGACAUAAGAAAUUCUUGGUCAUUAAGAUCGUUUAUGAAGAAAGGAAAAAAAGAAAAAGCAGAAACCAAGUCGAGUCAGCAGAAUGGAGAGAGCAGUCCUAUUGUCUUCAGGCGGGCUUUGCAAUAUUCGUCAGCGUCAACGGGCAGUGGCACGGGCGUUCGCAGCACGGUGGGCUCUCCGGAGCGCGCGGACCGGUACGUCUAUGGAGGCUCGGUGACGCCACUACCGCGAUCCCGCUUCCAGGAGCGCCUACGCAGCCCUAGCCAGCACGAGGUCAACUCCAUCAGUACAACGCCGCGCAUGGCCCGCAGCGACAUAACGGGUUCGCGGCUGAGCGUGGAGAGCACCAACCCCUUCGACGAGUGCCCCGUACCGCCGGUACGCGCCUCACGACGCAAGAAAAAGCGCGCGCCCCUGCCCCCGCCAACUGCUGCCAUUUCUCCUGACGUUACGGUGGAACAAACAGAGUUGAGAAUAACUGAAACAGACGACCAAAAAGAACAAAAUAAAAGUGUCGAUGACGAGAUAGAAAAUGUCAAUUUGAAUAUUGAACUCAAAAUAGUCGAAGAUGAAGAUGUUCAGAACACAAGUAUGGAGACGAGUCCUACCACAGUCGAAGAUAUAUCAACAACGACGGUUUCAGAAAAACUUGAUGAUACAGAAAACAAAAUCGAAGAUACAAACGAACAAGUGAACGGCAAAGAUGAUGAAAUAAUCAAAGUAAAAAGUGCCGAUUCUGAAGAUGAUAUAUUGAACAAGGUGUCAUUUCCCAAAAUUGAUAUAAAUAAGUAUAGAAGAAACUCAAGUGUUAACGAAGAUGAUAUCAGAUUGCGACGAGGUAACCUAGAAGACUUCCAUUCGUUAUCCAAUAAACGGAGCAAAAGUUUAACGAAUGCUCUCGAUGGAUCGUACGUGUCUUAUGAUAUAAAUUUAAAUGAAGACAAAAGUAACAUCGAUUUGAACAGCAAUGAGGAACCUCAGAAAGUUGUGUGCAAACUUUACGAAGAUCCUAGAAAGCAUAGCAUCGAUAAAUCUAUUUCUAGUACAGAAAAUGAGUUUAUGGAAAUCGAUAAAGCCACAAGAGAACUUGAAAGAGAAAUCAGUAAACUAAAUUCGGCUUUACACGAGGACGAUAUAACUUUGCACGGAGCGCGUCUGUCAGUCUCGGAUAUAAGAAGGAAAUUUGAUAAACCUGAUGUUUCGUCACCAAAUCCAAUACCAAAGCCACGAAGGAGUCACAAUGGCGACACACAAUCAACUGCUAAUGGAAAUAUUCAAACGUAAGAACUGA